GCGCUGCAUUCUUAUCAACUUAUUGCUGUCAUUAAUCUGUCAAAAAUUUGGUCAAAUGGAUUAUAAAGAUUGAAAUUUGUUUUUUAUAUUUAAAAAAAAAGAGGUAGAUUUGUGACCUCAAAAAUUGUAUGUUAGAACAAUGUCAAAUUUAUAUUUUAUCAAUUUCUAUUUAUUAUUUUUGGUUGUGUGUUUUGGUGAAUAUAACAAUGAUUGGAAUAAAACAAAAAGACAAACAAUAUGUGGUGGAUUGUUUCCGAAAAUAUUUACAAAUUAUGCGCCAUUUGGUAAUUUAACGGAUUAUUUAUUUUAUACACCAAGACCAGGUAUAAUUAAUUUAAAACAAUGUGUUGCUGAUUGUUGUCAACAAUCAGAAUGUAAUGUUGCAAUGAUUCAUAAUAGUACAUGUUAUAAUGUAAGAUGUGCAAAUUCAAAAAUGUGUAUACCACUAUAUCGAGCUGAAUUUGCUAAUAAUAAUCCACCAAGUAUGGUACUUGUUAAGCCAGUUGAAGAUGAUGAAGAAUGGAGAGAUAUUUUAGAAAUGGAGGAUGCAGACAAUAGACUGAUGAAUGUUGAACAAAUAAAUCACGCAGUAUUUGGAUUUGAUGGAGAUCAAUGUAUAAAUGGUGCAACAGAUUGUGGCGAAAAUGAAGUCUGCUUAAAACGAAGUACCAAAUCUCAAUUUGGUAUUUGUCAAUGUUCCCGAGGAACAACGCGAAACAAUGCUGGAAUAUGUAAUAGUCAGGAGCAAGAAAAUCGUGACUAUGGAGUAACACCGGAAUAUGUGGAAUAUCAUGGGACAAAAGAUACGAGUUUAUCGUCAAUAAAACCGCCAAUGAAACAAUUAUUAGUUUCAGCUGUAUCAAAAGAAGUGCGAUUACCAGAAAAUGAAGUAACAUUGUCAGCAUUUACAGUGCCUGCUGAAUUAUCAGGAGAACAUUAUAAUUAUGCAUGGAGUUUAUUGAGUCAACCAAAAGGACAUACUGGCACAAUGACAGAUCAAAAUAGUAAUAAAGUUAAAUUAAAUAAUUUAUCCGAGGGUUUAUAUAAAUUUAAAGUUACCGUUAAUAGUCCAAUUGCAUAUGGUGAGGCAUAUGCGAACGUUAGCGUUUUACCACCAAAACGAAUAAAUCAGGCACCAAUUGCAAUUAUUUCGCCUGCAUCGCAAGUUGUUAAAUUACCAAAUACAGGAGCUGUUCUUGAUGGAUCGUCAAGUAAAGAUGACGAUAAAGUUAUUGCCUAUCAUUGGGAACUUCAACAAGGACCUAUUGGCUAUCAACCUAAUCUUGUUGAUACGCCUACGCUUCAACUCGACAAUCUCAUUCCCGGAAAUUAUACUUUCAAAUUAACCGUGGAGGAUUCAGAUCAUGCGCAAAAUUUUACAGUGGCAAAUAUAACUGUUUUAAAAGUAACUGAUUAUCCACCUAGUGCAAAUGCAGGACAGGAUAUUAUUAUUUAUUUACCACAAAAUACAUUAACAUUAAAUGGAAGUUUAAGUACUGACGAUCGUGGUAUUGAAAGUUGGCAAUGGACAAAAAGUCCAUCGGAUGAAAAUAAAGCAGUUGAUAUGCAAAAUACAAGAACACCAUAUUUACAAUUGUCAAAUUUAGAAGAGGGAAUGUAUACAUUUGUAUUGAAAGCCACUGAUAAUUCAGAUCAAUCGUCAACGGCAGAGGUUCAUGUUUUCGUUAAACCUCCCACUAAUAAACCACCAAAAGCAAAUGCUGGAGAUGAUAUAAUAAUUGCAUUACCUCAAACUGAAACUAUUUUAAAUGGCAGUAGAAGUAAGGACGAUAUUAAAAUUGUCUCUUAUCAUUGGGAACAAGUUAGUGGACCGAGUAAAGCAGAAUUUCGCGCAGUUAAUGAAAGUAUAACGAACAUUACAAAAUUGACGAAAGGAGAUUAUGAAUUUAAAUUGACAGUUAUUGAUGAUAAUGGAAAUAAGGAUUCUGAUAAAGUGAAUGUAAAAGUAACACAGACAAAAAAUGCCCCGCCAAAAGCAAACGCUGGUGGUGAUCAAACAUUUGUGGCUCCGGUUGUUGCUGUUAUAUUAAAUGGAUCACAAUCAAGUGAUGAUUUGAAAAUAGCUCAAUGGCUAUGGACACGAGAACCAACGAGUCUCGCUAUUGGUUCUAUUGUCGAAGGAACUGAUAAAUCUUCACUUUUAAUACUAACAGACGUUGUACCAGGCAGAUAUGUUUUUAAAUUGAAAGUAACCGACGAUGAUGGUCUUAGUAAUGAGGAUACAGUUUCUGUUAUUAUAAAACCUGAUCCACAACUCUAUAAUUUAGUUGAGCUGACAUUAAAUGUUGGCGCUCAUUUAAUAACGGAAUCACAGAAAAAUUCUCUAGUUGUUAAAUUACAAAUGUUACUUCGCGAGGAAGUGACUAUUGUUGUUCGUAGUUUAAAAUCAGAGCCACGAACUGGAAAAUUAAUUAUUUUCUUCUACGUUGAGAAGAAAGAUGGAAAAUCAACAAUGACUGGACCAGAAGUUGUUGAUAAAUUAAAGGAGAAAAUAAGACAAGAUUCGGGAAUUUUACAAUUAUCAGUUGCACGAAUUGAAACAGCAAAAUGUCAAAAUAAUUGUUCCGGACACGGAGGUUGCGAUGAAGAAACAAGAGAAUGUAUGUGUGAAGCUUUUUGGAUGCAAAAUUUAAUUCAAAAAUAUUUUGGCAAUGGAGAAUCGAAUUGCGAUUGGAGUAUAUUAUAUGUGAUAAUAGGUUUACUUUCUUUGGUUUUAUGUUGGGUGGGUUUUCUUUGGGGAUUAAUAUGUUUAUGCCAGAGAAUUUGUACUGGAAAAAGGCGAAAUUCACGUUCAAAGAAAAAACCACCUCGUUAUUCUCUUCUUCAACCGGACGCCGAGGAAGAAAGUAAUACAUUUUCACCACACAAAAUGGUUUUAUCGGAAUCUGACACCGAUUCAGAUGAUGUUUUAUUUGAACAUCGAAAAGGAAAAAUGAAUGGAUUUGCAAAAAAUGGUAAAACACGAAAUGGUUUUAUUAAGAGCGGCUUGAAAGUGAAAACAUGAGGUACAAAUUAAGAAUGAAUGACUUUUUGCCAAAAUUUAAAUAUAUAAAGAAACUAGUCAGUGAAGAGCUGUCAUUCUCAAAUCACAAAAGAAGAAAGAAAAAAAAGAAAGAAGGAGACGACAUUUGUAAAAAUAAUUUUUUUUAGCGCAUAUUCAAAAAAAAAAUCGUCUCUUUCUCUCUCAGUUAUUUUAAUAACGUGCUUUACAAUGUAAUUCACACAUUUGUAUAUAGGUACGUAUAUAUAGUAAUAUAAGUAAAUGCAUUGACAAUUUUCUUUUCCAAAUAGAAAAAAAAUUGUCCAAUGUAAAAGAAAUUUUCAUAUGCUCCGCACAGAUACUUUAAAUCGUAUAACGAUAUUUCAUAUAUACUAUAUUAUAUAGAAACGCUAAAAAUUUUAUUCUAAAAAACAAUUUAAUUUAAAAAAAAAAAAUCUUUGCAAUGUGAAAAUUUUUCAUUUCUCAGGAAAAUGUUUUUCUAGUCGGUUUUUAAAUAAUUCUGCAAGAAUUUACCUAUUAAUGAAAAAUAUGACAAUUCGUUAAAAACUUAAUUAAAUUAAUAAUUAAUUAAUUAUUUACUACUUUAAUUAAAUUAAUCAUUUUUUUUAUUACAUUGAGAAUAUUAAGCAAAUUCUUUUUGAAAUUUAAGAAAGUUAAAUUUAAUGUUUGCAUUUAUAUCAAUAAGAAAUUUUUUCUAAUUAAUUACAAAUAUACUUUUAAUUAAUUUAGAUAUAUUAAGACAUAUUAUAUACAGUCAUUGAAUCUUUUUCGCACCAAGAGAACACGAAAUCGUGCCAAAUUUGAUAUUUAAAAUGAAAAUCUAUUUUUUUUUUGUUUUCAAAGAAAUUGUAUUUAACAAAAUUUUUUUUUUAAAAUUCCCUUUAUUAAUGUAAUUUAAAAAAAAGGUGCGAUGAAAUUAAAAAUGUUUUCAUUAAACUUAGAAAUAUAAAAAAUUUAAAUAAAAAUGAAUAACAGAAAGUUGGUAAAAGAAAAUGUAUUUUUUAAGAAAGCAAACACAACUGAUUUUAAUAAGAAAUAUACUGUUUAAUUAUAAAAUUGUUAUAUAAAUUAAGUCUACUUUAUUUGAUUAAUUUUUGAUAGAAUAUAAGUAAUCGAAUAAUGAUAAAAUUGUGUAUAAUUAAAAUUGAUAAGUAAAUAAUUUUAUAAAGCACAAAAAGAAAAAAAAAUGAAAAGCUUCAAUGGAUUUCAUUUCUGAAGCUUCUCGUGUGAUAACGAUUCUGUUUUUCUUUUUGAAAAAAAAAAAUGUGCAAUUUUACGAGGAUAAAAGUAUUAAUGCAAAUUAAAUAAAAAAAAAAACAACUUGUAGAAUCUUUACUUUUGUUAAUAAAUAAACAUUAACAAAAAAAAAAAAGAAACCAUUUGUUACAAUCUUUAAAAAAUAAAAAACUUAUUUGUAAAUAAUUAAAAUUCUAAUUGAAUUUAAUAGAUUUAUUCAACAAAAUAGAAUAAUUAAGUGAUGUGAUACAAGAAAAAAAAUCAUUGAUACAUAAUUAAAAUGUUUUCUACAUUUUGUCACUGUUCAAAAAGGAAUAAAAAUAGAUUACUUGAAUGAUGCAAUAAAAUUGUAGAAAAAAAAAAAAAAAAAAAAAAA